AUGUCAAAUGUAACAGCUUUGACCGACCCGGCCCCAGAUUGGCUUAAUAAGGGUGAUCAAGCAUGGCAGUUAACAGCAGGUACACUGGUGGCACUCCAAUCAAUUCCAGGCCUUGCAAUCCUCUAUGCAGGCUUCGUGAAGAAAAAAUGGGCCAUCAACUCUGCCUUCAUGGUGUUCUAUGCAUUCUCCGCCACGCUUGUAUGCUGGGUCAUAUGGGCAUACAAAAUGGCAUUCGGUGAGCAAUGGGGAAAGUUUCCUCUAGUUGGGACACCUGGGCCUGUCUUGACCAUGGAGCAAAAUCUGGCCCAAGCGACUUUACCCGCUGCCGGUAUCAGUACCAAUUUCAAUCUAUCGACGAUGAUUUAUUUCCAGUUCGUUUUUGCCGCUAUUACUGUUAUCAUCUUGGGCGGGUCGCUACUCGGUCGAGUCAAUCUUCUGGCUUGGAUGGUGUUCGUGCCGUUGUGGAUCACACUUAGUUAUACCGUCGGGGCAUUCAGUCUCUGGGGUGGAGGCUUUCUCUCGCAAAUGGGUGUACUCGAUUACUCGGGUGGAUAUGUCAUCCAUCUAAGCUCGGGGACUGCUGCUGCGUAUUGGCUAGGUCCUCGCCUGAAACGCGACAGAGAUUCCUUCUAUCCAAACAAUGUCCUCCUCAUGCUGGUUGGCGCGGGUAUACUUUGGGUGUGUUGGAAUGGGUUCAACGGAGGUGACCCAUAUGCUGCAAGCCCCGAUGCAGGCGUUGCCGUCCUGAAUACAAACAUCUGCACAGCCAUGAGUCUUCUGGUGUGGACUACUCUCGACUUUAUCUUUUUCAAGAAGCCGUCCGUGAUUGGUGCUGUCCAAGGCGAGAUCACGGGUCUUGUCGCAAUUACGCCCGCUGCUGGCUUUGUGACCGGCUGGGGGGCUAUCAUCAUUGGAGCAUGUUCAGGCUCGAUUCCGUGGAUAUCGAUGAAUGUCCUCGGAAGAAUGGAAUGGAUGAAGAAGGUGGACGACGUCAUGGGUGUCGUCCAUACCCAUAUGGUUGCCGGUUUCCUCGGAGGUUUCCUUACGGGUAUAUUUGCCACGAUCGAUGGAUGCGCAGCAUUCGGCCUUAAGAAUCCUGGGGGUGCGAUUGAAGGUAACGGAAAGCAAGUUUGGUUGCAGAUUGUGGGCGCAUUAUUCAUUAUCGGGCUCAACUUGUUCAUGACCUCGAUUAUCUGCGUGUUCAUCAAAUAUGUCUUGCGCAUACCAUUGCGCCUGAAUGAGCAACGACUUCUCGUCGGCGAUGAUGCAGUUCAUGGCGAAGAAGCCUACGCGUUGUUCUUUGAGGGCGAGCGAAGCCACAUCAGUCUCCACACGACAGGAUUUGAGAGCGGUCAUAUUAUCGACACUAAUCUGGGAAGCAAAGAAGGAAGUGGCCACGAAAGCCCGGCGAGACCGAGUGCCGCAAAGAUGGCGGUUGAGUGA